UCAUUUUAACUUUAACAUAAUUCCUCACCAUGAAGUCGUCUUCUGAACUAUCAUCUGCAAAACACUUGAUUUUACGCAUAACACUCAGUUGAAGCUUUACAGCUAUCGAAGAUAACUCACAUACAGUUGCCACAGUGCAAUACUUUCAUUAUUGUUGCAAUAAAAUCAAUGUUAAACACCGCGCACACAUUGUCUCGCACAAUUUUUGGUAAACCCAUCAAGAUGUCUACAUCACUACAACAUUUUAGCCCAAGCACUUUCAGCGUUUUUAUUAUUUGAUUAUUCUGCUAUCGAAUAGAAGUCGGUGCGAUAUACCUUAAUUGAUUCUAAGAAUUUCUGCAAAAGCUCACCAGCAUUCAUUCGCUCAAUUGAUUCAAUUUAAUUACAAAAUACCGCGCUUAGGCAAGUCCAGUCACCAGACAACUUAAUUUGUUUUAUAACGGAUCUAGAUCUAAAAGAUCACGAAUUAGCUGCACGUGUGCACUUUAUCAGUGGACUACAUCACAGUCGCUAAUGAACACGCAUUAUCUUGCUUCAUUACCAACGUAUAAAUACUGUGGAUCAAGGUGAAAUUACGCAUAUAUAGGGCAUCAUUUACGCAAGCAGUUUAGAAGUGAUCCAAUGGCAUCCUUUCAAUUACGGACGUGCCUUCUAUGUUGCCUACUUUUCAUAACGAUCCUCCAGCCGGUAGCGAGCCUACGGUCGUACAAAACGAUCCCGAUCGUCAAGAACGUGAUCACACAGUCUAACCCAAAGUACCUAAACGCAACUACCGUGGCGCACAACACACCAACCGAGCACAAGGUGGAUCUUAUCCUAGACGUUAAGAGACCUAUGUCCAAUUUGCACAUGACCUUUGUGGCUUGGAUCAAUGUCAUCUCCGGCGCACUGCAGGCCCCACUGCACAAUCAAACCUUCGAUUUCUGCGAGUUUCUCAAGAACCCCAGUAUGCACCGCUUCGGCCAAAUCAUACACCGCGAGGUGAAGCGGAAUGGAAACAUGCCCCGCAACUGCCCGAUCACUGCCGAUGUGUACGCAUUUUACGGCAUACCGAUGGCUACGGUAUGGCUGCCAAACUUCUUGCCUGAAACGGAUUUCAUAAUGCAAAUUUUCCUUCGUACAACGAACGAGUUGAUCUACGAUGCCCGUUGGUACGGGACGAUCAAGCGAAUAAAAUGUUCCAGAGCUGGUCGAUGCUAGGAUAUGUUGAAAUUGGUUGUUCGUUGUCAUGCUAAUGAUGUUACCUGGAUAA